GUCACCAUGCUACUUCCUCCAUUCUUCCUCAUCUUUCUCUCCCUCUUCUUCAUGAACACUCAUGGAAACAACACCUCCCUGCCAUCAACAUGCCCCUCUCAUGAUUGCGGUAACGGCCUUGAGAUUAGAUACCCUUUCUGGCUCAAUGAUAGCGACACCUCUAAUAACCAAUAUUGUGGCUACCCUCAUUUUGGUCUUAGAUGUGCAGACAACGGCCAGCCAAUUUUUAGCCUACCUAAUGACAAUUUUUACGUGAAGAACAUCAAUUAUGAUGAUUAUACGUUCACCCUUGUCGAUAUUGACGUCGUCGACCAAACAUGCCCUAGGGCGCGUCACAACCUUACUCUAGGCACCCUGCCGUUGUAUCACUCCGAUUUGAACUUAAACCUUAGUUUUUAUUUCAACUGCUCUUCACAUCCCUCUAGUUUGACACCCGUAAAGUGUUUAGGAUCUAACGAUCUGCGGUCCUAUGUCGUGACGGAGGAGAAUGAUGAUGGGGUUGAUAAGUCUGAUUUGGUCAAUAGUUGCGAGGAGAAAGUAGAAGCCACGGUGAUGAAGAGGGAGAUUAACAUGAAUGACUUGAUCAGUGGAUUCGGUGCGGCCAUGAAUAAGGGAUUUGUGUUGGAUUGGCGGAGGAUCAGGGAGUGCGGUGCUUGCGAGGCUUCCCAAGGCUUUUGCGGGUACGAUAACUCAGCCCAUGAGUUUUUGUGCUUUUGCAAGAAUGGCCAAAUCGGCAAGGACCACUGCCUAGGGCUGUUAGGAUUGAUAUCUGACAAAUCCAACAACCAAGUCACUUCAUCCAAUUUUUGAGUUCAACAUGUCCAAACUUACACCAAAAGAAUCUCAUACUGACAAGUGACGUGCUG